AUGGCUUGGUGGUGGCCGCUCCUGCUAGGGCUGUGGGCAGUCUCGCCUGCCUGGGCAGGGGACAAACUGCUCAACGUCUGCAUGAAGGCCCGACACCACAAGGGAAAGCCCGGCCCUGAAGACGAACUCUAUGAGGAGUGCAUCCCCUGGAAGGAAAAUGCCUGCUGCAUGGCCAACACAAGCUGGGAAGCCCACCUGGACACGUCCCUGCUCUACAACUUCAGCUUGACUCACUGUGGGCUCUUGACCCCAAGCUGUCAGAAGCACUUCAUCCAGGCCGCCUGCUUCUACGAGUGUUCCCCAAACCUGGGGCCCUGGAUCCAGGUGGACCCGAGUGGCACAGGAGAGCGAAUUUUGGACGUGCCACUGUGCUGGGAGGACUGCGAGCGGUGGUGGGCAGACUGCCGCACGUCUUACACUUGCAAAUCCAACUGGCAGGACGGCUGGGACUGGAGUCGGGGGAAGAGCCGCUGUCCUGCAGGAGCCCCCUGCCGCCCUUUCCCCCAUUACUUCCCCACCCCGGCUGAUCUGUGUGAGAAGAUCUGGAACAACUCCUACAAGGCGAGCACUGAGCACCGGGGCAGUGGGCAGUGUGUCCAGAAGUGGUUUGAUCCUGCUCGGGGCAACCCCAACGUGGCCGUGGCCCACCUCUUUGCAAACCCUGCCCCAUCCUGGGAACUCUCCUACACCCUCAUGUUCUUCUCUCUGUUCCUGUCGUUUCAUUCCUAAGAAUCCUUCCAUCUCCUGCUAGCUGUGGGCCAGGUCAGGCCUCGGCCACCUCCUACCUCAAACCCUUCCUUAAAAGGAACAGCCCCGGCUGGGGGACUGGGGUGGGACACUGAGGCUGCAGACUGAACCUUGCACGUUCAGUCCCAGGCCCCUCUACUGCUCUGCUCUGCCUUACCACACCUGGGAGGCAGCUGGGGACUAGGGGAGCCAAGGUGAUAAGCCCCCUCCUGCCUCU